AUGAAAAAUCAAUUUUAUUUUCCAAGUUAUUUUAUAAUAUCAAUUUUAUUUAUAUUAAUAAAUGGUAGUAUGGGAAAUUCGUUUUAUGGUACAUCAAAAGAUAAAUAUUAUCAAGUUGAAUCAUUUAAUAACCCAAAUUGUGAGGGUGGACCUAUACAAUACCAAGCAAUUUUAAAAGGGACAGAAUAUUGUUUUUCCAUGCCAUAUUUCCAACUUGAUUGUUCAGGUGGAUUUGAAAAUAGCACAAGGGAUUGUUAUUUUUCUAUGUCUUGUUUUUGUGGAGAAGAUUGUAGAUAUUAUAUAAAUCUAAAUGAAUGCGUUCAAGUAUUAAAUACAUCCUUUAAAGUUGUUUAUAAAAUAAUAAAUUAUAAAGAAAAGGAUUUUUGUCAAAUAACUGAAACUUAUAGUAAAACAAAACUUUCUGAUGAAAGAAUUUGGAGAUAUAGAUUAGAUGGAUUACAAGUAUUUAAAAAGGGUGUUUGUUUGUAUGGUGGAAGUAUUGAUUGUGAUGAGGACUUUACUUAUUUUUAUUAUUGUAAUUCAACAAACCUCUCAAUAAAAUUACAAACAAAAAUGUCAAAUAAUGCAAUUUCAUAUUCGACAAGAAAAAAUGGUGAAACAGGGUCACAUUAUUUUUACCCAAACGAUCCAAAUUUCCUAAUUAAACCUAUACCAAAUAAUGCUUUCAAUACAAUUAGUUCUAAUUUUACAUUUCCAUUUUUUUUAAUUUUAGUUUUUUUAUUUAUAUUAUAA